AUGAACAAGUUAAUCGGAAAAUUGAAAGAUUUUUGGAACAAACCAAAAAUUUUCGUUGAUCAUUUUGAAGCGCCCGAAUAUUUGAUGAGAUUAAGUGGCACAAAUGUUUUUGACGCAACUUGGUAUUGGAAUGGAACAUUGAGGGCAAAGUUGUCGUUUGUGCUGUUUGUGACUUUUAGUAGUUGCACAACAGUUUUUUCGUCACUUAGUGUGAUACAUCCAUUCGAUGAUGACUUGGAAGAUCGUUUGACGGCAACUAUGGCUGCCUUGUGUGGAUUUGAGGUUCUUGGAAAAUCCCUGACAUUUAUUUUGUUUCGUGAAAACUUUCGGCAAUUGAAGGAUUUGGCGAUCGAACAUUCGCGAGAAGGAUUACGAGGAAAGGAUCACUUUUAUAGACCGAUUAUUACGAAAUAUGAAAAGUAUGGAAGAUUUGUCGUUAUUAUGGUUUUUGUCAAUUAUUACAUGGCAUGUGCUGUUUUGAUCUUAUAUCCUUUACUUUUCGGAAAAGAAUGGAUGUACCCAGUGAAUAUUAUUAUUCCAGGGCUUUAUCCCAAAGCUUAUCCUGGUUACGCAAUAAACUAUGUUAACAUUUCUAUCAUGACAUUUUGCACUGCAUCAACUUUUGCAGCAUUUGAUACGUAUUUAGUUCUCCUUUGCCUCUACAUGUCAUCCCGUUUCGAGUUGUGCAGCGAAUAUUUUGACAAAAUCGGCAGUUCAAAGUAUUAUUCGAGUGCCGAAUAUAUCCAUUACUGCUCUUUGUUGCACGCCAAAACAGUCGAGUUGUACGAAUCUAUGCAAGAAACUGUCGAAUAUGUGAUCGGAUUGCAGGUUUAUUGUAUGGCGACAAUUAUGGCAGCCAAUGGCAUCCUCACAUUAAUUAAUCCCUGGAAUUCGUAUUAUUUGAUGAUGAUUUCGACUAUUUUAGAGGCUUUUUUGUAUUGCCUUUCGGCUGAAGUGAUUGCUUUCAAGGCGGCAGAAGUGGCAGAUAAGAUCUACAAUGCAAAGUGGUAUGAAAUUGAUGAUAUUCGUACGAAGAAAAUGUUGGUAUUGGUCAUGGCGCGUUCACAACAACCAUUUUACUUGAAUUUCAAGGGUCGUGCACUUUCAUUGGAAGCCUUUACGAAUAUCAUGAGUUUUGGUUUUAAGGUUUUCAAUACUGCACAGAAAAAAUUCACAGUCGAUAUUUUACAUCAUCAUCAUCAUCAACAUCGACGCGGAGUAUAUAAACGUCAUCGCAGAAAUAUCUCGCUCACAUACGCAAAUUUGCAAGGAUAA